AUCUUGUCUGGAGAUCUCUCCUCUGGAGAUCUCUCCUCUGGAGUUGCAUAGUGAGUCCAGGAUAUGGGAUGAAUAGGGAUGCUGUAUGGCUGCUAUGGACCAGGAUGUCAUAGAUCGUGACAGAGCACUCCAGCCCCAGCGUAAAUGCACGACCUGCGGAGCUGACAACGCCGCCCGCGAUGACGCGUCAUCCCCAGCAUGAUCGCCUUCUGAUACUCUGGGCGGCGAUCACAGCGCGUCAGGAUACCCGCUGCUCGUUUGCAUGGCUACCACCUGCAUCUCAUGGUGUCCAGGCGGAUCAGCCGCUAUUCUGUUCCCCAAUUUCUCUCUCAAGCGGCAGAUGCACACAGGUGCCCUUCAUCUCGCAGCCCGUCCCCAGACGGCCCGCAUGCCGCCACAGCCCAGCCCGCUCCAUCUCUGCCCCUUUGCCAAGGCUCAGCCCGGCGUUCCGUCUCAGAGCCAUCCCAAAGCAGACAACCCGAGGCGGGGGGAGAAGUCUCCCCCCGGGUCGGGGAGGAAGUGACAUGGCGGCGGAGAGGGAAGGCGAGGGGGCCAGGGAGCCGCCCGGCGGGUGGAGCCAGGCAGCCCCGCCCGAGCCCGCCGCCUCCCGGCGCGUGCAAACUAGUGGCAGUUGGCGAGCCGCGGCUCAGCGCGGUGCCGCCCGCUCCCGGCGCCUCAGCGCGCGCCCAUGCCCAGGCUCGGCGGCGCCAGAGAUGGUAAUGCUACUGGAAUGGUGGUCAGGCACCGAUUGUACCCUCUACACUGAUCCAGAGAGUUACCACAAGUAUGGGAAGGAGAAUGCCAUUGUAAUUCUAAAUCACAACUUUGAAAUUGACUUUCUCUGUGGCUGGAAUUUCUGUGAAAGAUUUGGAGUCCUGGGGAGUUCCAAAGUGCUGGCAAAGAAGGAGCUCUCCUACAUGCCUAUCAUUGGCUGGAUGUGGUAUUUCCUGGAGAUAGUCUUCUGCAAGCGUAAGUGGGAGGAAGAUCGGAAAACAGUUAUGCAGAAGUUGCUGAAUCUCCGGGACUACCCUGAAAACUUUUGGUUCCUGAUUCAUUGUGAGGGCACAAGGUUCACAGAACAGAAGCACCAGGCUAGCAUGCAGGUUGCUGAAGCCAAAGGCUUGCCCAAGCUCAAAUAUCACCUACUGCCACGAACAAAAGGAUUUGCUGUCACCGUGCAGUGUUUGAGAAAUGUAGUUUCAGCCGUCUAUGAUUCUACCCUCAAUUUUAGAAAUAAUGAGAAUCCAACAUUGCUGGGCGUUCUAAAUGGAAAGAAAUACCAUGCAGAUUUAUAUGUAAGGAGGAUUCCAUUAGAAGAAAUCCCAGAAGAUGAGCAGGAGUGUUCUAAUUGGCUCCACAGACUAUAUCAAGAAAAGGAUGCAUUCCAGGAAGAGUACUACCGAACAGGAACCUACCCAGCAGUCCCUAUAGUACCACCCCGACGACCAUGGACGCUUUUGAAUUGGCUUUUCUGGGCCUCAUUGCUGCUAUAUCCCUUAUUCAAGCUGCUCGUCAAUAUGAUCAACAGUGGAUCAUCACUAACAUUGGCUAGUUUUGGAUUUGUCAUUGUAAUGGCUUCCGUUGGUGUCAGAUGGAUGAUAGGUGUUACAGAAAUUAACAAAGGCUCCACCUAUGGCAACAAUGACAACAAGCAGAAACAGAAAUAGUAUCUUCAGAGACUGCUUCAGCCCAAAGGGAACAAAUGCAACCUCUGAAAACUCUUAAGUGCAUAUCAUGGUCCUUCAAGUGAGGUCAAAGGAAGGGUAGGAUGAGCAAUUGCCAUGCAUAUCUGAAUUUGCACUCCUGUUAUUUUUCUUGUGGGGUUUGGGCUGGAUUACGCUCUUGAACGAGGCACUCCUUCGUACACUCUUCCCAACAGGUUUGCAUUUGUUUGGUUGGUUUGUUUUCGUAUAAAGUGUCUUAAGAUUUGAAGGGAAAAAAUUCAGUGUGCUGGUAUGAUGCGACUCUACUCGGAAACUAAUUGAUGGUUGCUGAGGUACGGGCUUUAUCUUGGCUUGCUCUAAGGAAGGGAUUAAUGUCAGAAGACUGUUACAAGAUGAUUAAAACUGAUAGCUGCCUAGCUCACAUGUUAGCAGUUUAAAAAACAGUAAUUUGCCAGUGUUCAAAUACAGUCGGAUGCGCUGCUUGGUGAUACCACUAUUGCAACUCUACUAAACUGACAGGAGUGCAGUAGAAUUUUUUUUUACAUCUAGAAUUUAUCCUCACAGUGAGCACCACAUCAGCCCCAGUCAGACUGGCUAGGGGCCCAUUUUGUUGGCUCAGAGCCUUGCAGUGGCAUAACCUGGAGAAGAAUUUGGGCCUGUGGCCUGAGCAGAGAGCUAAGCUACCCACUGUCACAGCCUAGGCAAUACUUAGUGGUAGAGCUGAAACAUCUUAUCCUUCUGAGAAUAAAUGCCAUUCAUAGUUUGGAAAAUGAAAAAUAGGUAACAAAUUACUUUCAGCUUUAAACACAAAUUCAAAUUCUAGGCCUUUCUAACAGCGAUGGAAACAGAAAACAGCUGGGUGUGCUGUAACAAAGUAAUACAAAGCGUGCAUUAAAAGUUAUUGCCCUGCACCCAUACUGUUGUGAACCUAAUUAAUCUGUUGUCUGUCUUCUUUGAAAAUUCCUUUAUGUAGUGCCUCUUAACAGUGUCUGAGGUAAUAUUUAAAUUACCUUCUGCUUUUCUUUUGGGGAAAAAAGAAGGGAGUGGGAGAGGGACCUAGGACAGAGGUAUGGUGUGCAGGUUUUUAUGCCUGGGUGGAGUUUAUUGACACCCUUCUGAAUUUAAUAAAAGUAGGAUCAAGUCCCCUGGGAAAACCAUGUUUCUCUCACAUAGCCCUUGUACUGAUUGCUAUAGACAUCCUCCUCUUGGUUUGUUCUUGUUUUGCUCUUUAAAGUAAGAGAACAAAACAACAACUAAAUUUAAACCCCAAAGUUGCUGAUACUGAGCAGUGGGAAGUAUUCUUGGCAUGUUCAGUGAUGUUACGUUUUCUUCAAGUUGUAUUUCUAGCAGCUCGUAAAAACCAUUUAUUUUUUUUGUUACAAUAAAACUGAAGCCAGAAGCAACAAAGGCUAAUACAAAAGUGUAUGAAUCAUUCAAUGAAAUAU